AUGGAGGCACCUACGCGGAUGAGAAAGCAGCCGGAAAAGAAGGCCAAAGGUACCGACAAUUUGGAAAAAGACGAUGUAGAGUUGCGACUGGAGAAAGCACUGUUUGGAGACGAUGCUGGAUUUCUCGACUCGCUGAAACGACAAGACGACGCAGGGCAGAGAAGUCUCGUCCGCUUCAGAGACGAUGAGAGCGAAGAUUCAGGUGCUGGGGAAGACGAUGAUGAUGGGAGAUUGAGCGAUGUGGCCGAUGAAGACCUUUUCUUUCUCGACGCAGGUACAGGUGCCCUUCCUGCUGCUGUCACCCGAGAACUCGAGCAGAGCGCCCCGUCAGAAAUUGAUGCCCAACGGCAACAAGCUUGGUACGACAGCGACGAUGACCGCCUUACGGUAUCUCUGGCUUCAAACCCUCGUCUGCGCAAACUACGAGAUACAGCGGACGAUGACAUAGUCAACGGGCGAGAAUAUAUCGAACGUUUGCAAAGGCAAUACGAGAGACUACAUCCUACACCAGAAUGGGUUACGUACGCAAGGAAGCGACGUAGGUUGUCCCAGGAUGCAGAACUCGACUCGGAUUCAGACAUCUCAACGGGAGACGAUGAUGCUGGCGAGGCUCUGAUUUCCGCGAAACCCCUUGCCGAUCUGCUCCGCACAGCUGGUUCUCUGAGUCGAAUCGAUGUCAAAACCACAUCUGCCAAGGGGAAGCGAAAACUAAGACCCGAAGUCAUCGACAUUCAACGUACCAAGGAAGUCGCUGGUGGUGGUCCAUCCUCUAUCGACACUCUGCAAUUCCAUCCUCACUAUCCUCUACUGCUCUCAGCUGGACCCAGUUCUACCAUCACCCUUUACCACAUCUCACCACAUCCGCCCAACCCCAAUCCGAUAGUCACCUCACUCCAUGUCAGAGGCACACCCAUCCAUACCGCACAAUUCUGCCAACCGCCACCUACAACGGAAACUUCAAGCGACAACAACAAUGAACAAGAUCCCACCGACCAAACACGGAUCUUCUUCGCCUCCCGCCGCCGCUACUUCCACACCUGGUCUCUCUCAACCGGCCAAGUCCAAAAGAUAACCCGCGCCAUGUACGGCGCAGCACGCCACUCUCAACGGACAAUGGAGCAGUUCAAACUCUCGCCUUGCGGACGAUGGAUGGGCCUGGUGUCGUCGGCCAAGAAAGGCGGGGGCGCCAUCAACGUGCUCUCCACCUCGACCAUGCAAUGGCAGUGUUCAUGCCGGGUGGAUUCACGCGGCGGUGUUGCGGACUUCGCGUGGUGGCGAGACGGCAAUGGCUUUGCGGCCGUGGGCAAGAACGGCGAGGUGUGCGAGUACGACAUCCCGACGAAGAGCGUGGUGCGCCGCUGGCUCGACGACGGCGCUGUUGGCACAACCAUCAUCGCGCUGGGAGGUCACAUCGGCAGCGCUCACGAGGAUUUCGUCGGCGGCAGUCGCUGGGUGGCUCUCGGGUCCAGCAGCGGCAUCGUGAACCUCUACGACCGGCGCAGCUGGCUGGAGACCGAGAAGACCAAACCCACCAGCACCACCAAUGCGGGCCUGAAGCCGUCAACGACAGUCGACCACCGCCCCACACCGCUCCGCUCGUUCACACAGCUGACGACGCCGACGUCGCACCUGACAUUCUCGUCCGACGGCCAGAUGCUGGUGAUGGCAUCGCGGUGGAAGAAGGACGCACUGAGGCUGAUCCACCUGCCAUCCGCAACCGUCUACCGCAACUGGCCGACGGAGAAGACUUCGCUGGGCCGGAUCUCGUCGCUGGCGCUAUCGCCCGACGGUGGAUAUCUCGCGGUUGCGAAUGAGGCGGGAAAGAUCAGACUGUGGGAGAUUAGGGAUUAG